AUGCUCAACUCAACUGGGGAAAGGGAAGACGAUAAUCAUCCAGGAGGAAAAACAGAUCCUAUUUUUGGUAACCGUUCAACCCUUCCUGACGUGAAAAACGACUUGGUACUCCUCGAGAACCAGAUACCUUUCCUUGUGCUUGAGAAGUUGUUCGCACUCACGGUGGGUCGGAUCCAGGAUCGCCUCGACAACUUGUCACUCACCGAUUAUGUGCGGAAGUGCUAUAGCGGAUGGAUGAGUACUAAUUGGUGUUCGCCCAGAGAUUGUGUCCUUAGAGUUUUUGGUUGUACAGCAGCAGAAGAAGAAGAAGAAGGUCAAAAUGGUAACAUUGAUGAUCACCGUACUGCCAAGUACUAUCAUAUCCUCCAUAACCUACAUGAUGUUUACCUUCCUCCUCAUGAUCAAACAAAACAGAUACAACUUGAUUAUAAAGAAAUGCCUUCGGCAUCGGAACUCGUCUAUGCAGGAGUCAAGUUUGUUCCCGAUGCAGGAAACGAUCUGUUCACUGAACCUAAAGGCCUAUUUUGGUGGUGUCAUAGGGCUCGUUUCGAAAUCCCACCACUCGUGAUAGACGACCACACGGAGUCAUACCUCAGGAACCUCAUUGCCCUUGAACAGUGCUGCCCAGGCGUUUCGAUGCACGUUUCGUCCUAUGCGUUCGUAAUGGACUUGCUCGUUGACAAUGAAAAAGAUAUCCAAGUGUUCGAAAAGGCUGGAGUCCUGAGGAACUGUUUGGGGGGUCCCGCCGAGGACGCCGCCGAUAUAUUCAACAAGCUAUGCAAGGAAAUCGCUUUAGGAGAAUACUUCACUGACACGCGCAGCAAAGCCACCAAGUAUAGCAAGCGUUUUUGGCCCAAGAAUAUGGCACACGUAAAACGCACGUAUUUUGGUUCUCCGUGGACGUUCAUAGCUUUCUGUGUUGGCUUCAUUGUUUUUAUCAUGGCGGUUCUCCAAUUCGUCCACGAUUUCUUUAAGAAAAGCGGAUGA